ACUCUAUUGCCUUACGUGUAACCUUUGGGUAACCACACGGGCUUCACGGAAAUUAUUCUUUAUUUGUAUACUAGUACUUAACGUACUAAAGCUUCGACACACGACGUUUAUAUAACUAAUUUACCGGACUAAGAGGUCAUUCAAAGUUAUCUGGCUGGUGUCGGUGCACGUUGACGCUUCUGUGGCUAUCCUAAUUUCGGUUAGCUGAGCUUGUUGGCUGCGAACAAAAUAGUUGUUUUUCUCCGACACAAGCUCAGACGUCUCGACACAACCACUUUUAAAAAAUAAUAAUAAUAAUUUUCCUGGAAUCUACGAAUGCGGAUCAACUCGUCUGGGUGUACGUUGAAGCCUCUCAUGCGAGUUGAGUUGCGUUUAACUUAGCUUGCUAGCGGCUAACACAGAGACGCGGAAGUGAUCAAGACAGAGCUAAACAGAGAUCCAAGUGUGAGUGCAAAGUGUUGUGAUUAUCGCGGUAAAAUGUGUGCAAGGAAGACAGCAGAGUACGUGGAGAAACUUUUUGGAACAAACGAGGAAGACGAGCGACACUAUCGACUACUGGACGCGGUUUUCAAGCAGCCUCGAGUUGUGUUGCACAGAGGAGACGUCAGUAAAAAAUAUCUUCGUCCUAAGCAAGAGGAGCCAAAUUGCCCUCCCGGGGAAGAUGGGGAUAAAGAACCCUCCUACAUUAAAGAGGAAGAGGAUGAUGAUGACAUCAGCAAGCUGCCAUUUCCUUGUGUCAUUGUGAAGAUUGAAGAUUAUAAAGAAGAAGCUGAUGGAGACCCCUGUGGAGGAUCACAAGCGGACAACCGCCUAGUUCCACUUUCAGAUAGUGGCGACACGACGUCACACUCUCUUGAAACUGAUGACAAGGAACACUCCGAAGGUGAUAUGACAUGCCAAUCUGACAACAAACAAAUUAACAAAAAAACAAACAACAAACGCUGGAAAUGUUCUCACUGUGGAAAUACAUUUAGUUCAAAGUGGGGUUUGAAAGUACACGUGAGAAUACACACUGGGGAGAAAGUUUUUGAUUGCUCAACUUGUGGUAAAAGAUUUCCCGCACAGGCACACUUGGAAGCGCAUGCAAGAACCCACACUGGGGAGAAACCUUUUGCCUGCUUAGUUUGUGGUCGGAGAUUCUCUAAAAAGGGAAACUUAGAAAGGCACUCAAGAACCCACACUGGGGAGAAACCUUUUGCCUGCUUAGUCUGUGGGAAACGAUUUGCUGCCCAUGAAACUUUGGGUAAACACAGAAGGAUGCACACUGGGGAGAAAACUUUUGAUUGCUCAGUUUGUGCUAAAAAAUUCCCUGCACAGUCACACUUGAAAGCACACACAAGGACACACACUGGCGAAAAACCUUUUAUCUGCUCAGUUUGUGGUCGAUGUUUCUCUCAGAAGGGAAACUUAGCAAGUCACUCAAAAAUACACACAGGAGAAAAGUCUUUCACCUGCUCAGUUUGCGGUAAAAGAUUUGCUUGUAAGGAACAAUUGGGAAGACACACAAACACACACAGUGGAGUGAAGCCUUUUGCCUGCUCAGUUUGUGGUAAAGGAUUCUCUACACGGGGAUAUUUAAAAACACACACUAGAACACAUACUGGUGAGAAACCUUUUAUUUGCUUAGUUUGUGGUAAAAGAUUCACUUUUAGACAAUCUUUAAAAACACACUUAAGAACACAUACUGGCGAAGAACCUUUUGCCUGCUUAGUCUGUGGUAAAAGAUUCACUUUUAAGAUAUCUUUAAUCACACACACAAGAAAACAUACUGGGGAGAAACCUAAUGUUUGCUCAAUUUGUGGUAAAAGAUUUUUCACAAAGAGAAAUUUAAUCAGCCACACAAGAACCCACACUGGAGAGAAACCUUUUGCCUGUGCAGUUUGUGGUAAAGGAUUCUUUUCAGGGGGUAAUUUAAGAGCACACACAAGAACCCACACCGGGGAGAAACCUUUUGUUUGCCCAGUUUGUGAUAAAAGAUUCAUUCAGAAGGGAAAUUUGGAAGCACACACAAGAACACACACUGGAGAGAAACCUUUUGCCUGCACAGUUUGCGGUCAAAGAUUCUCUCAGAAGGGCUAUUUAAGAAAACACACAAGAACGCACACUGGAGAAAAACCUUUUGCGUGCUCAGUUUGUGAUAAAAGAUUCUCUUGGAAGAAUCAGGUGAAGAAACACAAGUGUGUUGGUGACAAUAACAGUGAUCAAUGAAGCAAUGCUCAAUGAACAGACUGAAGAAAUGUGGACUCUUUUUGGGAAGAUGGAAACAUGUACAUGUGAUCCUGAAUAAAAUACACGUCUA